AUGGCUGCAGAGAACCCCGUGGAAAGCCUCAAAGAUGAAGCUACUUGUUCUAUCUGUCUGGACUAUUUCAAAGAUCCAGUGUCUAUACGCUGUGGGCACAAUUUCUGCUGAGCCUGCAUCACCCGGUACUGGAGAGAGUCAGAUACAAACUUCUCCUGCCCUCAGUGCAGGAAAAUUGCUCAGCACAGAAACUUCAAGCCAAACUGGGUGCUGGCAAAUGUUGUGGAAAUAGCCAAACAGCUGAGUUUACAGGCAGCAAAAGAUUCAGGAGGCAAGAGAGAGUGUGAGAAACACCAGGAGACUCUCAAACUGUUCUGUGAAGAGGAUCAAAAUCUAAUUUGUUCAAUCUGCAGAGACUCCUGGGAUCACAGAGCUCACACUGUGGUUCCCAUAGAAGAAGCUGCCCAAAAUUACAAGGUUCACAUUCAGAGACAACUGGAGUUUUUGAAGAAAGAGCGAGAUGACGUUCUGGAUUUUAAACGGAGUGGGGAAAUGAAAACCCAGAAGCUGCUGAAACAGACAGAAACCCAGAGGCAGAAGAUUGUGUCUGAAGUUCAGCAAGUGUGCCAAUUAGUGGAGGAAAAACAGCUACUCCUGCUUGCCCAGCUGAAUGAGAUAAACAAGGACAUUUUAAAGAGGCAGAACAACUAUAUUGCCAAAAUCACAGAAGAAAUAUCCCGUCUUGACCACCUGAUCAGUGAGCUGGAGGGGAAGUGCCAGCAGCCAGCGAGUGAAAUCCUACAGGACGUCAGAAGCACCUUGAGCACGUACGAGGCUCCUUCUCACUCCCCCUCAUUCUCCACGGUUCUGGAAGGGGCUUGGACACUAGAGGCCACAUUUACAAAGGACAUCACAAGUGCCUGGAGCAAGUACAUGGCUCCUUCUCACUCUGCCUCCUUCUUGUCGACUCUGGAAGGGGUUUGGACAGCAGGGGCCAAAUUUGUAAAGGACAUCAGAAGCACCUUGAGCGGAGGCAGACAGAGGACAUUUGAGAAUCCAGUGAGUCUUUCUCCUGAAUUUAAAUGGGGCAGCUGGGAUUUCUCUGAAAAGACCAGAAUUCUGCACAACAUUCUGAAGAACUUCAAAGAAAAUGUGAUGCUGGAUCCAGACACAGGAAAUCCCUGGCUCAUCGUGUCUGAGGAUCAGAAAAGCAUGAGAUGGCAGAAUCCAUACAACAAUUUCAGAGUAGAAGAUGUAUCGUUUCUCCCUGCCCUGGGCUGUGAGGCAUUCACCUCGGGCAGACAUUACUGGGAGCUGGCGUUGAAGGAGGGGGGGAAUGUGUGUCUAGGGGUCGCCAGAGAGUCUGUGAAGAGAAUGGGAAAGGUCAACUUGAAGCCCAAAGUGGGAGUCUGGGCUAUGGAGCAGUUGGGGGCGUAUUACCGAGCUUACACCUCCCCUAUUACCAACUUGUCCCUGAGUCAGAGCCCCAGAAAGAUUGGGGUCUAUCUGGACUAUGAAGCGGGGCAGGUGACGUUUUAUGAUGCUGAUACCAAGGCCCUGAUCUUCGCGUUCCCACCAGCCUCUUUCACUGGGCAAAGAAUUCGUCCUUUCUUCUCUCUUUUUGGUGUAAACUCCCAGCUUAGACUGUGUCCCUGA